UAGAUUCCUACCGUCGGGGAUAGUCGCUGCUUCGUCAGCUCCUCCCGGGUGUCCCGCGGUCGGGUCGGCCCGGCCCGGCCGGCCCAAGGCGAAGGAGUCGGGAGCAACGUCAGUCAACGCAGGGCCUUGCUCUCAAACGCGAGCAUUACUCCACGUCUGUACAUGUGCUGAAGGCUCUGCGCCAGCCGCCUGCUCUGUCCCCGUGGCCAGCUUCUGCCAUAAAUAAAGAAUGGCGAAAAGUAUAAGAAGUAAAUGGAAGCGGAAGAUGCGAGCUGAAAAGAGGAAAAAAAAUGCACCAAAGGAGCUUGCACGGCUGAAAAGUGUACUGGGAGUGGAUCGGAAUGGUGACAUUAAUAUGAACGAUGUUAAAGAAAUUGCAACUGUGGUCUCACGUGAAAAGCUCCAACAGAAGUCAUCUGCAGAAACUGAUGAUGCUUCUACAAUGGACAUAGAUAACAAAAGGAACAAAAAGACACUUCUGAAUGAACAUGGCCAGUAUCCACUGUGGAUGCAUCCGAGACAAAGAAAGAAGCUCAAGCACCAGCUGAAAAAGAAAGGGAAAUCAAGAUGUCCAAAGGGAUUAGCGUGGUAAACAUGUGAAAACAAAGUACACAAGGACUUGCUUUUAUGUUUUAAUAAGACUGGAAACAACAAAUGAUUCAAUGUUGAAUACUUUGAAUGAUUUAAAGAUGCUGACUGAAGUAAUAUCACAAUACACUCUUUAAGAAGUGUGUGCUAAUGUAUUCCUAAUGCGGUAUUCUGCAUAUUUGUGAAAGUUUAGAGCUUACUGUUAACAUUAAAGUAACACCAAUCGGAAAAUGUUUAAGAUUAAUUUACACAGCGAGUUGAUCUGUAGCUGAUAAAACGGGGGGAAAAGAAUAAGAAGCACCAAGGGAAAGGAGAUAAAACAAAAGAUUUGAGGAGAGGGGCAGACUGUAUGUCACUGGUUUUGACAUACUUGUACUCCAUUCCUCAGCAGACAUUUAUGCUCUCAUCAGAAAAAUCUAAUGGACCAAAGCAGCAAACUUUUUUGAAUGGGGAGUUUAUUUUAAAAAAAAAACUUUCAGAUGGUUCUAUGGCUAUAAAGACCAUUUGUCUGUAGCUAUUGCAUCGCAAGGCUGUGUUCCAAUACCAUUGAAGUACUUCAUCUGCAAUACCAGUUAUACAUGAAGUGUUCAUUUGCCUGUUGUUUUUGUGCUUGUGGAUGACCCACUGUCAGCAAAUGAAUUCUAAGAUUAGUUCUAAAAUUAGCACAAAGCCCUAGAUCAUACAGAGGGUGAUAUCUUAACUAAUCCUAUUGCAAGGUGGUUUGGUCUGUGCUGAAGACCACUCAACAUUACAGAGGACUUGGAGAUGUUCAUCUUUCAAUUGAGACAUAUAGCUUGCCCUCUGGAACAAUUGGAUCAUGAAUAUGUGACCAAUGUUACAAAAUUAUUACAGAGUUGGAGCUUUGGAAAAUCAACUAACUUGUUCUGUCUGGUGAUCAAUAGAUGGCCAUGACUGCUCAAGGACAUCUUGUGAGUGGAGAUGCAUCUAAUUGAUACUGCAAUCAUAUGCUUUAUUGAUAAUGCAUACUGAAGGGAAACAUUUUUCUAAAAUGUAUAAAGUAGGUACUGGAUGUUGCAAAAGACUGAAAUGUUCAAGAAAAGGUAAUGACCAGAACUUCUUAACACAUUAGAAGUUAAUCAUUAGAUUUAAACAAAAAAUGAACAGCUCAAUCGAUUGAGGUUGAGUCAGGGAGGAGGCUGUCAAGAAGGAAUGUGAAAUUGGGCACAGUAUAGCAGAAUCCAAAGGUGGGUAAGGUACAAUCUCCCAUAUUCUUCCCAUCUUCAGACUCCUUCACUAUGAGAUUGCAUCAUAGUACCACCAAAGCCUUUUCAGCUUAAUUUUCUUGAAUACAAAAGCCACAUAAAUACUGAAUAUGUACAAACCAUACUGCCUCUCGCGUCUGUUCUGCCAUUAAUGAGAAACAUUUACAAUUUUCCAAUCCAAAGGCAAUUGUAAAAGAAAAAUGCAACUUUGAAAAUUGUGGCUAAGGUAUUUGCAUUUUUGUACCUCAUCUGAAAUCUUGAUGGGGAAAAUCAUUCCGUCAUGGAGAUGUGUCAAUGUGACAAUUUCCAGCGUUGUUUUCUUAGGUUCUCUGUAGUUUAGAUUCCACCCUUGAUUCAUUGUUAAUUUUCUUAAUUUGUUGUAUUAUUCUAUUCAUCUGUGGAGAUCAACAUACAGUAAAUAUCAUUUCCUUACUCAUAAUAUUGCCUACCUGUUCAGGAUCAUAAUCGGGUUUAUUAUCACAUCUUAUAUGACAUGAAAUUGUUGUUUUGUGGCAGCAGUACAGUGCAAGAUUGUAUUACCAUAAAUUUAUAAAUUACAAAAUAAAUAGUGCAAAAGUAAAAGGAAUAAC